AAAAAAAAAAAGGAAUAAUGCACCUAACGAGACUUCCCCAACUCUCUCCUUCCCAGUUCCCUCCUUCGGUCCAAACUUAUUCUGAACUGCACUCAGGGAUGCUGACCAGCCAACUGGCCCAUGUGCCAUUAUUAGCAACAUGAUUGAUUUAUUUCCCAAUUUUUACCUUCUUUAAGAUUAGCUCAAUCUCCGCAUCUAUCUAGAUUCUAAAGUCUAUAGAUCUUUAUUCUUCACCAUAAAUUUCGUUCACCUUUGGACUUCUUACCUACAUGGGUGUGAACAUCCAUUGUCAACUAGGAAGAGGGGCAAUCGGUAAAUCUUCUUCAAUUCGUCGCCUUUUGCUAAACCAAUCAGUCUGCAGAUCCUCGAGCCAAUAAAAUUCAGCCCUCUAGUGUCCUGACUGAGUCUCUGACUCUCAGAUUUGAGAAAGAGAGGGAGUAAGAAAAGCUAAUAUGGCCGCCAAUCUUAGAACAAGUAAUAUGUAUUAUCACUUCUUGUUGGCUUUCCAGUUCCUUGUUUUGCUGCAAACCAGAGUCUCUUGUUACAAAUACAAGGUUGGAGAUUUAGAUGGUUGGGGAAUACCCACUUCAGCAAAACCACUAGUCUACACACAAUGGUCCAAGUACCAUACCUUCAAGAUUGGAGAUUCUAUCUUGUUUUUAUACCCACCAAGUCAGGAUUCAGUGAUACAAGUAACGGAACAAUCCUACAACAGCUGCAACAUUAAAGAUCCAAUCUUGUACAUGAACAAUGGAAACUCUCUUUUCAACAUCACCAAAUAUAGGGAAUUCUACUUCACCAGUGGAGAGCAGGGCCACUGCGAGAAGAAGCAAAAGCUCCACAUUUCUGUGCUUUCUGGAAAUGGGUCUUCUGCAGAUUCUCCUUCAUAUGGUCCGAGUGCAUUGCCAGAAAUCUCACCCUCUUACCCCACUGUUUUUGGUACGAUCCCACAACCACCUUCUUCUUCUCCUCCUCCAGCAAGCUUUCCGGUAUUCAUGGCAGCCCUUUCUUUAUUUGCUGUAUCUGCACUGGUCGGUGGCAUCAUGUGAGGAACAUCAUUAUUUUGUAGUUUGAACCCAAGUGUGAGAGAUUCUCUUUUGUUCCUCUUGAAAUUGAUAUAUUUUUUUCCCUUUUAUUAUUGGUUCAGAGAUCGGUGAUCUAUUUCCAUAUUGGUUAAUAUGAAGAUUUUGGCAUUUGGUGGUUCUUCCAAACAAGUUAGAAAUGUAUCAAUGAACUGUACAGAGAACAAACCCUCUUUAGCUCUUUUGCAAGAAAAGAUAAGACACCGGGUUCAUCUUUCCAUGUAAAAGAACAAAAAGAAAGAAAUCAAUCUGUACAGGUCCAAGACAACGCCACCCGAUGUUUUCGGGAGUGUACCCUGUUCCAUUAAACUUGUCUUAAGUUAUGUAUUUGCCAGCUGGACGUGGACGUUAUCUCCUGACAGUUCAUCUCUGUGGGUCACAGAAUAUAUGAAUAGGAAAGUAGUUCUACAGGGCAGUCGGCAAUUAUAA